AUAUCUAGCUCUUCAUCCAAGACUGAAAAUUAACUUUCUGAUCAAGUGUUGGUGAAUAUGAGUUCUACAACUCCUACUACUUAGAAUUAAUCAGUGAAUAUGAGUUCUACAAGCAAAGCCUGGAUGGUUGCUGUUAGUGUUGGUGUCGUUGAAGCAUUGAAAGAUCAAGCUGGAAUAUGUAGAUGGAAUUAUGCUCUACGAUCUAUUCAUCAAUACACUAAGAAGAGAGUCAAAUCUUCAAUUUCUCAAGCAACUUCUUCUUCUUCUAUUCCAGCUUCAUCCGUUAUUCCAGAGCAGAUUACGGUGAUAAAGAAGCAAAGAGACCAUGAAUUGAGGCAAUCCGAAGAAUCACUUAGAAAAGUUAUGUAUUUGAGUUGCUGGGGACCUAAUUGAGCUAAAGAUCAAGUGUAUCUUACCUCAUGAGUUUUGUCACACAAAUAUUUUCUCCAACUUCCUAUUUUAGUUCUGCUUUCUUCUUGUUACUUUGGUUCUGGCGAUUCUUAAACUUAAAACAUACAUCCCUUAAACUAAAAUGGCAUUACGGCUUGGAUACAUUUCGGUAAUACUAGUGCAUCAAAACUACAACAAUUUCUACAAAGGAUAUCACUUAUAUGGUAAAUUUUUUGGAAGUCUAUUUUCCUUCACAUUAAUGGACUCUUACAAUUAUUUUAAUCGAGUAUUCAGGUUAAGUAUUUCAGAGAAGAUUUUGGAGUAUACAGAACCAAAACAAAAAAAGAAAAGGAUUGGCAAAGGAAGAUUUUAUCAUUAAACAGAAGUUAAGGAUACAACAAUAGCCAGAUUUAAGAUUUUCAAGAAGGUUGGUUGGAGGCUGAUCAUGUCACCACUCUGAAACAGUACAUAACCUACGGAUAAAUUUGGCUAGACAACCUGCGGUUUUAUCCGAAAUCCAAUAAAAGGUUAGAAAUUUGGGUUCGGGAAAUUCAUUUUCAAAAAUUACACCCCGAGCAAACUGUACCAUUAGCAUUAGCACUAGCAGGAUUGUAAUUUUUGAGUGCCCCAUUAGAGUUAAAUAUUAAUUAAUGAGGAACCAAUACUUUGUGUUGCCCGGAAAUUAAAUUAAGAUUCCAUCCACCCAGUAUUAUGGCACAUUAGAUGGGAGGAUCCCAGAAAGUGGCAUUAUUAAACAAAUUUAAGGAAGCUUCACCUCAAUAAUCGAAGAAUACAAGAAAAGGAUUUAACUUGGAAAAACCAUCACUUUCUUACAAAUCACUUCUACAAGCUAUUAAUACUACUACUAAUACUACCAGUUAGAAUCAAUGUAUACGAUGAGUUCAACAAGGAAAGCGUGGAUGGUUGCUGUUAGUGUUGGUGUUGUUGAAGCCUUGAAAGAUCAAGCUGGAAUGUGCAGAUGGAAUCAUGCUGUAAGAACCAUCCACCAAUACACUAAGAACA